AUGACGCCGACAUUUCGUGCAGAAUCUGAUGGAAGAAUCACUUCAGAUCCUAUUUUGAGGGAUGCAAAAGCAGGUAGCGGUUUAAGAGAAAUCCCUAGUGAUGGUCUAUUUCACCACUGUUGUUUCACAUGGAGCAACACAAACGGAGAUUACCAAUUCUGGAUAGAUGGAGAAGUCGUCAAGAGUGGCUCUGACUUUUACAAGGGAGGCACGAUUGAAAAGGGAGGUACUGUGGUCAUUGGACAAGACCAAGACGAAGUUGGGGGAGAUUUCGACCCAAGACAGUCCUGGAUCGGUGAAGUGUCUGGAAUAAAUGUAUGGGGAGUGGUUCUGUCAGAAAGUGACAUCGCAGCUGAGUACCACCAUUGUCACGUGACUCUAGGAUCAGUGGUUAUGUGGUCUCAGCUGUAUGCUAAAGAAAGUCUUCAUGGCAACGUUACAGUUUAUCCUUAA